AGGUACACAUUCAAGAUGGCGGCGGCUGAGGGGACGGCGGCGGCGGGGCCGACCGCGGCCCCGGCCCUGGAGCCCGCCUCGCCCCCCGGCGCCGGGGACGGCCCGGCCGUGGCGGCCACGGGGACCCUGGGCCUCACGGACCUGCCCGGGGAGCUACUGGAGCUGAUCCUGUGCUGCCGCUCGCUGGGCGCCGCCGACCUGGGCCACGUCGCCUGCACCUGCCGGCGGCUGCGCGAGCUGUGCCAGGGCGGCGGCAACGUGUGGCGGCGGCAGUUCCGAGAGAGGUGGCCCUCCCUCCUGAAGUACUACAGUCACACCGAGGGCGUCAACUGGCUGGAGGAGUACAAAGCUCGGCAGAGUGCUGGCUUGGAAGCCCGGAGGAUGGUCGCCUCCUUCUCUAAGCGGUUCUUUUCGGAGCACGUCCCUUGUAAUGGCUUCAGUGACAUUGAAGACCUUGGGUGCCCAGGACACUUUUUUGAGGAUGAACUGAUGUCUAUCCUUAAUAUGGAAGGAAGGAAAGCUCUGACCUGGAAAUAUUAUGCCAAGAAGAUUCUUUAUUUCCUACGGCAACAAAAGAUCCUGAAGAAUCUGAAGGCAUUUCUUCAGCGACCUGAGGACCAUGAAUCAUUUCUAGAAGGUGCUGUGUUAAUUGACCAGUAUUGCAAUCCUCUUGCUGAUAUCUGCCUCAAAGAUAUCCAGUCCCAAGUCGAGAGUAUUACAGAUCAAGUUCGCAAAGUCCUUCGUGGGAAGAACUGUCGCCACCCCAGCUUGGCCUUCAAGGCAGGUGGGGCCAUGAUAACUGAAGGUGAGCUCCAGAGCCAGGUCCUCGAGGCCAUCAACUAUGUGCUUUAUGAUCAGCUCAAAUACAGAGGGAACCGAAUGGAUUACUACAAUGCCCUGAACCUAUAUAUCCAUCAGGUUUUGGGCCGAAGAACAGGAAUCCCAAUUAGUCUGUCUGUACUCUAUUUAACGAUUGCCAGGCAGCUGGGAGUCCGACUGGAGCCGGUCAAUUUCCCUAGUCACUUCUUGUUAAGAUGGUGUCAGGGUGUCGAAGGGAGCCAAGAUAUUUUUGACUACAUUUACAUAGACGCCUUUGGGAGAGGAAAGCAGCUGACAGUGAAAGAAUGUGAAUAUCUGAUUGGCCACCACGUGACAGAGGAGUUCUACGGGGUUGUUAGCUCUAAGAAGGUAUUGCAGCGAAUGGUGGGAAACCUCUUAAGCCUGGGAAAGCGGGAAAGCACGGACCAAUCUUACCAGCUCUUACGGGACUCCUUGGAUCUGUAUCUGGCCAUGUAUCCAGACCAUGUGCAGCAUCUCUUGCUCCAGGCCAGGCUCUACUUCCAUUUGGGAAUUUGGCCAGAAAAGGUACUGGACAUCCUGCAGCAUAUCCAGACCUUGGACCCCUCCCAGCACGGGGCAGUUGGCUACCUGGUGCAGCACACCUUGGAGCACAUUGAGCGCAAGAAGGAGGAGAUCGGGCUGGAGGUGAAGCAUCGGUCGGAAGAGAAGCACCGAGAUGUCUGCUACUCCGUCGGGCUCGUCAUGAAACAUAAGAGGUACGGCUAUAACUGUGUAAUCUAUGGCUGGGAUCCAACCUGCAUGAUGGGGCACGAGUGGAUCAGAAACAUGAACGUGCACAGCUUGCCUCAUGGCCACCAUCAGCCUUUCUACAACGUGCUAGUGGAAGACGGGUCAUGUAGGUACGCAGCCCAAGAAAAUCUGGAAUAUAACACAGAGCCUCAAGAAAUCUCUCACCCGGAUGUUGGUCGAUAUUUUUCAGAGUUUACUGGAACUCAUUAUGUAGCCAACACAGAGCUAGAAAUCCGGUACCCAGAGGAUUCUGAGUUUGUAUGUGAAACAGUGCAGAAUAUCUACAGUACCAAGAAAGAGGACAAAGAGUGAGGGUAGACAGAGGACGUGGGUGAGUGCGUGCAUCUCUGCCGCGGCUGCUGCUCUCUCCUAUGAGGACUGGCUUCGGGGAGCACAUUGUCCCCGCGGUCCUCGGGCUCGACCUCCAACCAGGAAUUGCACUUCUUAACCAAUGAUCUUGGCUACCUUCUAAGUUAAAUAAUUCUACUGCGUGUUAGCACUUCGAGACGAAGGUGAUGUCACCUGCCUCCAACGCAAGCGUGAUCAUUUGGAAGGCAGUCCAGUUGGUUGGUGACACGGCUUGUCCUGAGGAGAUGAUUUAUUAGGAAUUGUUGUUCUCAAGGUUAACCUCUUAACCAUUUUUAAAAUCUUUUGCUUAAUGUAGUUUGUGUCUAUGAGGAUUUAAUUUUUUUGAACAAGAAGGGGUUAUAUGUGUAUAUAAUAAUUUUUUAAAUCAAAUUUCCCUUGGAAUUUGUGCAAUCGUAAGUCAAAUUUGUCUUAUUUAUCCACAAGUUUAAUUAAACAUUUGGAAGUUAACUUGUAAGUGAUCCCAGGAAUGUAGCUGGAAAUACUUGGGCCUCUCUUUCCAGAGACCCUCAUUUCAGUGAGUUUAAUGGCCUUUUGAACUUUCUUCCUGCUCUUUGAAACACAUGAGAUGUGAGGAGCAUUGUCCAUUUUCCUGUUCUCAAUUCCUUCUCCUAGCUCAGGAGUUCAUGUCUUUACCCCACCUAAUGGUUGCUGUAUUCCAUUUCCAACACAGUAAAUUAUUUCAAGAACAUUCAUAAGAGAAAUGUGCUGUGGCGGGUUUUUCUAUAUAAACUCAGUACUGUUGCCUUUAAACUAUUUAAAUUCGGCAAAUGAGACUAUCCUUCCCCCAGGAAGUGGUCCUUGCCAAGGGCUCAGUUCAAUGAUCUCUCACUUUCCAGCAUGGAUGAGUGUCUGUGUGAUGCUUAAAGCCAGUUAGGUGCCUUUUUAUGACACCUAACCUCCCGGGACCUUUAAUGACCUGUCUUCCUUUUGACCUGAACAGCCUGCCAGGGAAGGAGAAGGAAAUGAGCUGUUGCAUACCCCUUAGGAAGUACCUAGGGCCAGAAGAGUGUCAGGACAAGCAAACUAUGAUUAAGUUGCUUGGGGAAAGUCUGGGAUAGUAAACCACUAGUCUGCUGUUGUCUUCUUUGAGAUUUACUUAGCUUUGGAAUGUGGAGGUGCCAAGCUUUUACACAGCUUCGUCACUUGUUUGAUAGACCCCUGUGCUUUUCAGAAGCUUGGCAGCCCUAAAAUGAGCUAAUGCCAUAUUUAAGGGGAGUGGGUGCUGCUGCUGGAGUCGGCUUCUAAUCCUUGUGCCUAUGAGCUUAAGGCAUUGCAAUUGCUGUAGUGACAGUAAGGCUCUAGGGAGGGGAGGUGCACUCUCCACUCCUCCACAUUCUGUCUGUUGACUUGCAUGCACUAUUUCUCAACAUGUUGAUGAAUGUUUUAUGUUUACAUAGUAAAACCCUGGGGACCACAGCAGCCCUGGGGAAGGCCACGUAGCAUUAGACAACCUCACGGAGACCAUGGCCACGCUGCUCCCACCAGCUCCAAGAGGAGCUCUGGCCACUCUCCACAUCCACGUCCCUCUUCUGUCCAGACUAAAGGCGGGUCGCUUGGACUGGAGUUUGAAAGCGUGCAAGUAACUGAUCUUCCAGGGAGCCUCUGGAGAGCCUGUCCUGCUUAAGGGAGAGCACUUGACGAUGAAAUCUCAUAGAAGUAAAGAUCAGAAUGCGAUUGGUUUUGACUUUGCUGAGACAAUUGUAAAUAUGUAUUUAGAAUGUUUUUAAAUGUGCUCCUUAAGUGACCCUUCAUUUGGUUCCAGGAAGCAGGUACCAGUUCUUAAUGUAAGUUGUCCUUUGGGCACUUUAUAUUUUUCUAAAAGUCUGUUUUGGACCCAGUAUGCCAAUACAUUGUAAGUUUCUCCUUAAAAAUUGCCAAAACUUUUGUCCACUUUAAAGCAGCGUAUUACAUUAAUCUGUAAACAGAGCCUUUACAGUAUUUAAAAAAUAAUGUUAAAUGUUUGGACAUAUUUUCAUCCCUUUUUCCCCAAGUGAAUACAAACAUUUGAAUUUUGAGAUAUAAUUAAUAAGUGAUUAAUUUCAUCCACACUGUCAGCAAAGGUGACCUGCCAAAUUUCACAUCAUGCCCACAACCUAGAAAUGACAUGAGUAAAAUGUCUCACCUUUUCUGGCCUAAAAAUGGCCCAAAAAAUGUAUUCUGUACUAAACUUUGUAUAACACUGGAGAGUAAAAGUGGGAUAACUUUGCAUGUCUGAUUUCACUGAAGGAUUCAUUUUUACAAGCCUGUGACUAAUCAUUCAGAAUAAAUGUUUGUAAUGCAAAAAUUUACAGCUUUUUAAUUAUCACAUUGGGUGGGUGGGUGUCAUAAAAUAAGAGGUAGAAAGAGUGAGGCUUUGGUGUUGAGGCACAUUUAGCUCACUGUAGAAACUUGGUCAGUGACUCGUGUUCAAAACAACCUCCCAGUCAGCCUCCCUCGAGGCAGCAGGCUGCUGCAGCAAGACUUCGCUGGGAGAAAGUUAAUCUUGUUCUGAUUAGUGUGUAAGUUGUAAUUCGGUUUAGGUCUGUCUCCCUUGGCUGUGUGAUUGGUUCUUUCUAUCAGGUCUUCAAAGACAGAGACAUGCUAUUCAGAAAUUAUUGUUUAGCAAUCAUUGUUACAUUUUGUGAUGUCUUCGUAAAUCUAAGUGUGUUUGUGGUGACAGGCACUUCCAAUUCUGGAUUGUCUCACUUUCACAGUAUUAAAUAAAAUCGUGUCAGCAUUUACA